GUCUGUAUUUAACCAUUACUCUAGUGUAGUUCUGAAUAUUAGACUUAAAUGGGGACAUUUCUUGGACAUCUAGUACCUGGCUUGGCCUUAGCCCUCCUUGGUUUUUGGCAUACAAUUAGUACUAUUAGAGCUAACUAUCAUAAUGGAACUACAAAAUUCAAAUCAAGGUUUUGGUACCCUUUUAAGGCUACUCCCUUCCCUACUCUACAACACAUCGAUCUCAUUCUUGUCUUGUCGUUCUCCUUAUUUUGCAUAGUUAUCCAGUUCAUAGACUUACCUUCUCUUCACUUAUCAUUCAAGCUUCAUAACAUUGAACAUGCUACUAUGUUCCUUCACUUGACUGUAUUCGCGGGUUUUACUCUUCUUGCUGAGAUAAGUAACUUACAUGAGAUCCUAUAUGGGAUCUUAGGCAUACUUGCUAUGUCUAUUUUCGGUCAGGAGCUUUUCUUGCUUCAUUAUCAUUCAACUGAUCAUGUAGGACUUGAAGGUCAUUACCACUGGCUAUUGCAGCUUGUGGUGUGUAUUGCCCUUAUCUCGGCUCUUGUUGUCACUUGCUUCCCUUCUUGUUUCCCCGCAGCACUUGUUCUUUCAAUUUCAGUCAUUUUCCAAGGUGUUUGGUUUAUGAACAUGGGAUUUAGUCUAUGGUUUCCUCACUUUGUUCCACAAGGAUGUGUUAUGCAAUCAAGUGAAGGUCCUGAAAGCAGCUCUGUGCAUGGAGCGAUCAUGUGUCAAACGGAUGAAGCUGAUACAAGAGCUCGAGCUAUGGCGAACUUGCAGUUUAGCUGGGUAAUUGCAGCUAUCUUGAUUCUUGUGUCUGGUAUUUCCCUUAUGUUCGCCAAAAAUCGAGCAGAUAGGACUCUAUUGUCUAAGUAUGAACAGCUUCAGAAUAGAGGCAGAGACAACCCUGUAACAAUUAAUUGCUUGAAGUAAACUAGUAAAUAAAGAAAUGUACAUUAGGCAUCAAAUUGCAAAAAUAAAUGAACUUCAAUCGAUGUGUGAGGAGGACGAGUUCUGGGGUGUCUUCGUGGUACUAGUUCUGUGUAUUGCAGUCACUAGACUGUCUAGCUGUACUUAUCAAUUGAACGAAAGUUUAACUUAGUUU